AGUGGCAGGACAACGUGUUUUACUGUUUGGGAGAGGUCAAUUCCAGUUUAUAGCGGUUUCUUUUAUUAAAUUUACACGUCUGUGAUUUUUUUCAUGGCAUGUAAACACGGAUUAUCAUUUACCUUUUAGCGUGUUCGCUUAGCUUGGUUGCGUGUUUAUAUUGUUUAUAUGUUGAGUUAUUAAAACAUCAUAUUUUAGACGCAUUUGGAGUAUACUGCACCAGCUGAGCUAAUAUUCGUUAAUUGUCAUUUCAUUAGUGAAAUUUUAUAGGGUCGUUUAUAGCCUGGUAACCUGAAAAUUCGUCAGUAAACUCGGAAUAGUGUUAUCGUUAUUUUCCAAAGCUGCAGUGUGCUGCUCUGACCACUAGAUGUCACUGCUGACCGUGUUUUAGUACAGUGCUCACCAUAACAUUAAGAUAGCAGUGUCUGGGAAAAUGGCGUCCUUUCGCCUGCCUCCCCUACCAACCAUCGGCGAAAUCAUCAAACUGUAUAACCUGAGAGCGCAGAAGCAGCUGUCGCAGAACUUCCUUUUGGACUUGAGACUCACAGAUAAAAUCAUCCGUCAGGCGGGGAACCUGAGGAACGCGUGUGUGUGUGAGGUAGGACCCGGGCCUGGAGGGCUCACCAGAUCCAUCCUCAACGCCGGUGCAGCUGAUCUCCUGGUGGUGGAGAAGGACUUGCGCUUUAUACCUGGAUUAAAGCUGUUAUCCGAGGCGGCUCCGGGGCGAGUCCGAAUCGUCCACGGUGAUGUUCUUGCGUACAGGAUGGACACAGCUUUCCCAGCACACAUCACAAAGAAAUGGGAAGAUGAGCCUCCUGAUCUUCACAUCAUUGGGAAUCUCCCCUUCAGUGUUUCCACUCCACUCAUCAUUAAAUGGUUGGAGGAGAUGGCCAGUAGGAGCGGACCAUUCAUGUACGGACGCACAAGACUCACGCUGACCUUCCAGAAAGAGGUUGCGGAGAGAUUAACAGCAAGCACUGGGAGCAGACAGCGCAGUCGCCUGUCCAUCAUGGCGCAGUACCUCAGCACCGUGAAAAACUGCUUCACCAUCCCCGGCCGAGCGUUCGUCCCCAAACCUGACGUGGAUGUGGGGGUGGUACACUUCACUCCUCUGGCUCAGCCGCACAUCCAGCAGCCUUUUAAGCUCGUGGAGAAAGUGGUCAGGAACGUCUUUCAGUUCCGCAGGAAGCACUGCCACAAAGGACUCGAGAUGUUGUUCCCUGAGGCUCAGAGACUCAGGAUGACUGAGGAGCUUCUGCGGUGCGCCGACGUGGACCCGACUCUCCGUCCUGCCAACAUCUCCAUCAGCCAGUUCAGAGCGUUAGCGGACACCUACAGCAGGCUGUGUAGAGAAAACCACACGCUGUUCAGCUACGACUUCAGAGAAGAGCUGAGGCAGAAGCGUCAGAGCCACAGACUGAUGAAAAGAGAGAGACACUAAUAGCUGCCGUUCACAUCAGGACACAACACGGUGCUCUCAGUGGUGACAUUUUUUCACAUCUUUCCAUUCCAGCUGCAGUGUUGAGUGGAGAAGAAACAAUGACUUGGGGGUGAGAUGGUGUCGGUUUAUUUUACACGCAUGUGGUGAUCAUCUGCAGUACUGAAUGUACACUUGUGUUCAUAAUAAUAGCAAUCCAACACGACUAACCAGAUCAAUCACUGUUUUUGGUGGAAAUUAUAUUACUACAUGGCAAAUAAUUUACCAGUAGGUGUAGUAGAGUCAUAGAAAACCAACAGACCCAACGUUCAUGAUAUGCAUGCUCCUGAGUCUGUGUAAUCGAAUAAUUAAGUGAAAGGGACGUGUUCAAAAUAAUAGCAGUGUGGAGUUUAAUUAGUGAGGUCAUUCAUUCUGUGAAAAAACAGAUGUCAGUCAGGUGGCCCUAAUUUAAGGAUGAAGCCAGCACAUGUUGUACAUCCAUUUCUCUCUGAAAACAUGAGAAACAUGGGUCGUUCCAGACAUUGUUCAGAAGAACAGCGCGCUUUGAUUAAAACGUUGAUUGGAGAGGUAAAACGUAUACUGUAAAGAAGUGCAGAAAAUGAUGGGCUGCUCGGCUAAAAUGAUCUCCAGUGCUUUAAAAUGGACAGCAAAGCCAGAGAGACGUGGGAGAAAACAGAAGACUACCAUUCGAAUGGAUGGAAGAAUAGCCAGAAUGGCAAAGACUCAGCCAAUGAUCAGCUCCAGGGUGAUCAAAGACGGUCUGAAGUUACCUGUGAGUACUGUGGCAAUUAGAAGAUGCCUGUGUGAAGCUAAUCUAUCGGCGAGAAGCCCCCGCAAAGUUCCACUGUUAAAAAAAAGACCUGCUGAAGAGGCUACAAUUUGCCAAAGAACACAUCGACUGGCCUAAAGAGAAAUGGAAAAACAUUUUGUGGACUGAUGAAAGUAAAAUUGUUCUUUUUGGGUCCAAGAGCCGCAGACAGUUUUUCAGACGACCCCCAAACACUGAAUUCAAGCCACAGUACACUCUGAAGACAGUGAAGCAUGGUGGUGCAAGCAUCAUGAUAUGGGGAUGUUUCUCUUACUGUGGUGUUGGGCCCAUUUAUCGCACCAGGGAUCAUGGAUCAGUUUGCAUACAUCAAAAUACUUGAGGAGGUCAUGUUGCCUUAUGCUGAAGAGGAAAUGCCCUUGAAAUGGGUGUUUCAACAAGACAACGACCCCAAACACACCAGUAAGCGAGCAGCAUCAGGGUUCAAGACCAACAAAAUGAAAGUUAUGGAGUGGCCAGCCCAAUCCCCGGACCUUAAUCCGAUAGAAAACUUGUGGGGUGACAUCAAAAAUGCUGCUUCUGAGGCAAAACCAAGAAAUGCAGAGGAACUGUGGAAUGUUGUCAAAUCAUCCUGGGCUGGAAUACCUGUUCACAGGUGCCAGAAGUUCUCAGAAACCGUGGUUAUACAACUAAAUAUUAGUUUAGUGAUUCACAGGAAUACUAAAUCCUUAAGAUUUUUUCAGUUUAUACAGUAAAUAUUUGGAGUUUGUAAUGAAAAAUGCAGACACUGCUAUUUUUUUGAACAGCCCAAUGUUCAUUUUUCUUCAUUUUCUGUAAAGUAAUUAAAAUAUUCAUACAUUUUUCUUCAUGUUUUGAUGUAGAAUAUAAUGUGCAGUGUUCCCAAUGCAUGGAAAUAAAAACUAUUAUAAGGAUUUUGAGCUUUACUCACAUUUUUAAACACACUGCUAUUAUUUUGAACACAACUGUACUCCUGAAAAAGAAAAAAGACUGCAGUUGAUCGAUUAAAAAAACACGGGACACGGUUCCUACGCAGUAUGGAGAAGUGUGGAAUUUGAUUUUAGUAAUUUCGAGGUCUGGAUAAGUAUGGAAAAGGGAAAAUGGAGUAUGGAAAAAUAUUUGUUUCCACAUAAUUGCCCCUACUUUCUUUUCUAAAAUAUAAAAUUAAGCCAAAAUAUUCAAACCAGCGUGAGUCUGAUUGAAUGUAAGUGAGGUAAAACGUGUGUGCGAUAUGUCUGAGGUGAUUUUCUGUGGCAUCUAACGUUAGCACGUUGGGCUAAGUCAUAAUACCACUGCAGAACUCAUCUCAUCUCAUUAUCUCUAGCCGCUUUAUGCUUCUAC